GGACCAGUCCAACAUUCUAGCGCGCAGCCGAAAGAAAAAGGUCGACUGAGCAAAAGCCAAAGCAGGCGGUAACGUACAAACAUAAUUUCCUCCAAACUCCACGUUCCCUACAAUUGAAGCGGCCCGUUGCGGAAGCUUUUUGUCCCCAGCCACCAUGGAUGUGAAUAAGAUCGUUGAGCAGCAGGUUCUCCAGGCAGCCCAGGCUGUGGAGGCGCAGAUCGACGCGGAAAUGAACCGACUGGACAACCUUGACGAGGACGACUUGGAGAGGAUCCACCAGAAACGGCUGGCAGCUCUGAAGAAACAGGCUUCUAAAAAACAGGAGCUCCUACAGAUGGGCCAUGGCCAGUACACGGAGAUCCCGGAGGAGAAGGAGUUUUUCCCCGUCUGCCAGAAGAGCCCCCGCGUGGUGUGCCACUUCUACCGCGAGAGCACCUUCCGCUGCAAGAUCGUGGACAAGCACCUGGCUGCCCUGGCGCCCAAGCACGUGGGGACCAGGUUCUGUAAGAUCGACGCCGAGAAGUGCAAGUGGCUGUGUGAGAGGCUGAAGGUGCGCGUGUUGCCCACCAUCUGCUUGGUGAUUGACGGAAAGACCAAGGACUUUGUGGUUGGGUUCGACGACCUGGGAGGGGUGGACGACUUCCCCACGGAGAUGAUGGAGUGGCGGUUAGGGUUAUCCGGGGUCAUUGACUGCGAUGCCGACCCCACCAACCCCCCCACCCUGGGGCAGAAACCCAAGAGAGGGAAGAAGGGCAUCAGGGGUGGAGGGGACUCCGAUGAUGAUUCAGAUGAUGAUUAACUCUUCCUCCAACUUUGUAAAAAUGAACUUCAUUUUAAGUAUAGUAAAAUGUUGAACUUUAUUUCAACACAACAAGUACAGAGAGAUCAUUUUAAGUAAGUCAUGAAAAAUUUGCAGUGUGAUUUUUUCAUAUGUAUAUCUGUACACUUUUUUUAUUGCAUGAAUGAGGUGGAAAACCUUCUUUAUUAACACUAAUAACAUCUUUCAGAGUCUGUCCAAAUGAAAGACAGGGCUUGAAAUACCACCUGCAUAUGCAGGUUAGUGCAGGUAUUUCUGAUCUACCUGCACCUAACCUGCAUUGGUCCAUGUACUGUAUAUAUACCAGUAUGUGGAUUCUUAUUUGUGUAUUGACUGGUACAUGGUACCACUUACUUUAUGAAUGUAUUGUUCAAGAAGUAAUGGCAAUGGUUUCUGAACAGUUUUUAGCAUGAUCCAUACUUUCAUACCAGUGCAGGAUGUCAAGCACUGAAAAGUCACAAACAUUUAUGUUGAACUAAGAAGACUUAAAUCUAUUCAUAAUCCUCGUUGUUGUGGUUUUUUUUAUCAAAUAUAUGUUGUUUAUACAGCAAAACAUAAGAGACAUGCUAAAAGUAGGGAAUGCCUGCCUGCCUGUAUUUUUAAUGUUUGCUUUUUGCUACUAUAUGAACUUGCUUUGAUGUCAGUGGAGUGCCUCGUCACGAUAUGAUAGAUAAGUACUAGUAUAGUUUAGGUAUUGUCCUGGCAGAUAUUAUUGUAACAUCCAAUUUUGGGUUGAAGUUUGACACAUUGACAACACCAGUAUUUUCCCAUUUUUUUGUACAUGUAUUUUCAAAAAUUAGAGUUACAGCACUAUAAUAAGGUUGUCACUUCUUAAGUGUACCCUGUAACUACAUGAAAUGGAAUAAAGAGGAGGAUUCUCUUGUUUUGGCCUACACACUUUUAGACUUUCAAUUUUG